AUGAUUUCUGAUAGAAGCCCUUUAUUUUGUCUAGAAGCUGGCUCUCCUUCCAGGUUCUCUUCUUGGAAGCCCCCUCCACAUGGUAAAGUUAAAGUGAAUUGGGAUGCUUCUAUUAAUCCCAAGGAGAAAUGUAUUGGGGUGGGAAUUGUUGCAAGGGAUAGUAGAGGGGAGUUUAUGGGUGCUCAAUGUUACUGGCUUCUUUUGGAUACUGAUCCUAGAACUGCAGAAUCCUUAGCAGCCUUAUAUGCAGCCUUGUUUAGUAAGAGUUUUGGUUUCUUGGAGGUUGUUUUUGAAGGGGAUGCUUCUCAGGUAAUUUCUGAUAUCAACUCCCCCCCUCCUCAUUUUUCCAAGGCUGGUCAGUUCACGAAAAGUGUUUUAUCGGAAUCAAAAAGCUUGCGGUUUGUUUCCUUUGUUCAUGCUCCGAGAGAGUUAAAUGUAGUUGCUCAUGUGUUAGCAAAGACUGCAAUAGGGCGUAAGUUAAAUUUCUGUUGGAGGGAAGAAGUCCCAGAUUGUAUUUCCAAUUUGAUUCUUAUGGAGAAAGAGUUUCAUCCCUAG